UCUGAACAGUACUUGGCCAGUUUCUUUAACAGGGGAUAUUAUAGCUUUGCUCCGAGAAGCCUGCCCCAGAGCCUUUCAUCUCUUCCCCUCUCUCUGCAUGUCCACUCUGUACGGCUUUUGUUAUUAAUGUGCAGCAGUUGAAGUCACUGACUUGGGUGCAGGCCAGGCCAGCAUUACUGAGGUCAUAUAUUACUUUCCUAGACUCUAGCCAUGAACAGGAUGUUGGAAGUCAGAAGUACGGGGAAGCUGCCUUUUUAGACAGCCCACAUGAAAGGCAUGGAAGAGGAGAUGGUUUGUGUUACGCAGUGGCCGUUUAACCGGAGAUCCAGAUGUCUUGGAAUAUUACAAAAAUGAUCAUGCCAAGAAGCCUAUUCGUAUUAUAGAUUUAAAUUUAUGUCAACAAGUUGAUGCUGGAUUGACAUUUAACAAAAAAGAGUUUGAAAACAGCUACAUUUUUGACAUCAACACUAUUGACCGGAUUUUCUACUUGGUAGCAGACAGUGAGGAGGAGAUGAAUAAGUGGGUUCGUUGUAUUUGCGACAUCUGUGGGUUUAAUCCUACAGAAGAAGAUCCUGUGAAGCCACCUGGCAGCUCCUUACAAGCACCAGCUGAUUUACCUUUAGCUGUAAAUACAGCACCACCAUCCACCCAGGUGGAUCCGUCCUCCACUGCUCUACCUCCUCCAUAUCAGCUCAUCAGCGUCCCACCACACCUGGACGCUCUCAGACUCCAGGAGGAUCCUCAAGACUACCUCUUGCUAAUCAACUGUCAAAGCAAGAAGCCUGAACCCACCAGCCAAGGGUCAUCUUUUGUUUCUGAAGAAGGAGAGGAAUACCUACUACUAGAAGAUUUUGAAAGCAAAACGAUUCCAUUGCAAACACAUGCUGAUUCUGCAAAAUCCACGUCUUCUGAAACAGACUGCAAUGACAACGUUCCUUCUCAUAAAAAUCCUGCUUCCUGCCAGAGCAAACACGGAGUGAAUGGCUUUUUUCAGCAGCAGAUGAUGUAUGACUCUCCACCUUCGCGUGCUGUGUCUGUUUCUGUAGACUCCAGCCUGUAUAACCUGCCCAGGAGCUAUUCCCACGAUGUUUUACCAAAGGCGUCUCCGUCAAGUACCGAAGCAGACGGAGAACUCUACGUUUUUAAUACCCCCUCUGGGACAUCGAGUGUAGAGACUCAGAUGAGGCAUGUAUCUAUGAGUUAUGACAUUCCUCCAACACCUGGUAAUACUUACCAGAUUCCACGAACAUUUCCAGAGGGGCCCUUGGGACAGACGUCAAAGCUGGACUCUAUUCCAGAUAUUCCUCCACCGCGGCCACCGAAACCACAUCCCGCCCAUGACCGCUCUCCUGUGGAAACGUGCAGCCUCCCGCGCACGGCCUCAGACGCCGACGGCAGCUACUGCGUCCCUGCGGCAGGGGUGCCGCCGUCGCGGAGCAACACCAUCUCCACUGGGGAUCUCAACAAGCUGCGCAAAGAUGCUAGUUCUCAAGACUGCUAUGAUAUUCCACGAACAUUUCCAAGUGAUAGAUCUAGUUCACUUGAAGGCUUCCAUAACCACUUUAAAACCAAAAACGUGUUGACAGUGGGAAGUGUAUCAAGUGAAGAACUGGAUGAAAAUUAUGUCCCAAUGAAUCCCAACUCACCACCACGACAACAUUCCAGCAGUUUCACAGAACCAAUUCAGGAAGCAAAUUAUGUGCCAAUGACUCCAGGAACAUUUGAUUUUUCUUCAUUUGGAAUGCAAGUUCCUCCUCCUGCUCAUAUGGGCUUCAGGUCUAGCCCAAAGACCCCUCCCAGAAGGCCAGUUCCUGUUGCAGACUGUGAACCACCACCUGUGGAUAGGAACCUCAAGCCAGACAGAAAAGCCAAGCCAGCACCCUUAGAAAUAAAACCUUUACCAGAAUGGGAAGAAUUACAAGCGCCAGUUAGGUCUCCCAUCACUAGGAGUUUUGCUCGAGACUCCUCUAGGUUUCCCAUGUCUCCCCGACCGGAUUCAGUGCAUAGCACGACCUCAAGCAGUGACUCACAUGACAGCGAAGAGAAUUACGUUCCCAUGAACCCAAACCUGUCCAGUGAAGACUCAAAUCUCUUUGGCAGUAAUAGUCUCGAUGGAGGAAACAGUCCAAUGAUCAAGCCCAAAGGAGACAAACAAGUGGAAUACCUAGAUCUAGAUUUAGAUUCUGGAAAAUCCACCCCACCACGUAAGCAAAAGAGCAGUGGCUCAGGCAGCAGUGUAGCAGAUGAGAGAGUGGAUUAUGUUGUGGUUGACCAACAGAAGACCUUGGCUCUAAAGAGCACCCGGGAAGCCUGGACGGAUGGGAGGCAGUCCACAGAAUCGGAAACGCCAACCAAGGGUGUGAAAUGAAAAUAUUGCUUUGCCACUUAGGAACAAAAGAGAACUGAAUUGUAAAGAUAAAUCCUGUCUGAAGAUGACUUGACGCUUCUACUCUAGGUAGAUCCUCAAAUGAGUAGAGUUGAAGUCAAAGGACCUUUCAGGCAUAAUCAAGCAAUUUAGACUUAAAUAUGGUGCUUUGUGGUAUCUGAACAAUUCCUAACAUGUAAAUAAUGUGGGAAAAUAGUAUUGUGUAGCUCCCAGGAAACAUUUGUUCUAUAGUUAACACACUUGUAGUAUUACUGUAUUUAUGCACUUUUUCAUUUAAAACAUUGUUUUGGGUAUUCCCAGUGUACAUUAACAUAAUUCCUUUGGGAGUUCUUGUUUUUCCUCACACUACUUUAUAUAACAGUACUAAGUUAACUAAGCUACUUUUAGAUUUGGAAAUUGCUGUAUAAACUACAGUCUAACAGCAUUAAAAUGAGAGGUAGAUUCACAGGUUAGCUUUCCACCGGAAGCUUCAGGUGGUAACCAUUAGCUUAAACUACAGAGUAUAGUUGGACUCAUCAUUCAUUGCCUUCCAAAAUGCUGAGGAUAAUGUGUGUACCAGUGUCAGGACCUAGUUCUCUUGUUCAUGUGCAUUUAGUUUUUAAUGGUGGAACUUUGUUAUAUUUUGUUAAUUACAGCAUUCUUGGUUCAUUGAGUGAAGAUUCUACUGGGUAGGAUCUCGCGCCUUUGAAAGACUGAAUAAUUACACUAUCAAGUAAGCCUGCAAAUCAUUGAUGGCCUUUAGCAAUGCUGUGCUCUUGUACUUGUUAACAUGUAUUAAAUGUUAUUUGCAAAAGGUAGAUAAAUAAUCAGGUACGUACCAGGCACUGAUGUGCUAAUAUACUGAUCAGGUUAGACAAUGAGCUUUGGUUGUGUUCUUGUUAGUCCUAAUAUUGGUUUCCAGUUUGGAAUUAAUGAAACAAUUGACAUUCACUGUUAGUUAUAGCAACAUACUGUGAUUUUUAAUUAGACAGUAAUUCAGAUUUAUUACUGAGAAUGAAAUCCUAUCUUUUGACACCAUAGUGCCCUUUCUAUGAUUUUUUUUUUUUACUUAAUAUUCUUCUUGGCCUUAUAUUUAAAUCCCUAUGCAAUUAAUAUUUUAUAUCUGCAUUUUUUUAAAAAAUAGAUGUUAUAUAAGUGAUUCUCAUAUGUAGCACCUGUUGCUUUUCCCAUAAAAGAAUUAAAGAUUUUGUACUGUGAUUUAUAUUUACUGCCCCAAUUCAAGAAAUACUGGAGCGUUGCUGUAAUGUGAAAUCUUAUAGUCAUGGACCCCUUCCAACCAAAUUUCUGAAACCACCAGAGGGAUGGUAUAAUUCUGUCUCACCUGUAACAUGGUCCUGUGACAUGUGUAACAAGACCACAAAUUAUAGUGAGGCUACAGUUAUAUUCAUCUGUCUUGGCUUUGCAACAUAAUUUAGAAAGUUGUUUGCUUGUUUUUUAACCAAGUUACAUACAGUCUCUUACAUAUUGAUUUGAGACUUGCUAACAGAUUUAGGAGGGGGCAGAUAGAGGAGUGCCCACAGCUAAGGCAUAACUCCCUCCAUUCAGACCUCUAACUAUUGCCUGAGUACACAGCUGUGUCCUGAUUUCUGGCCUCUUGGCCACAGUACUGUGCCUAAUCAAUGUAAUAGGUUUAUUUCCCCAAUCCACAAACUAAAAAUAUUCAUAACGAGAUGAAUUGUAGACUAAGUAACAUGUGAUGCUUUUAAAUGUCUGUUUCUUUUUAAACAAAAACUAAAACCCAGAAGUGAAUUUUGAGGUGAAUUUUUAAAUAAAAAAAAAGAUUGUUUGAG